CAAGAAAGUGAUAAGGGUUUAUUGGGAUUUGGGAGUGAGUGCCCUCUUAUGUUGCCACCGCACUAUGUCCCCAGUUGAAGCUCUCUCUUCAUAUUUCUACUUCCAACGAGCGUUCUCUUCACCCACCCUCAACACCGAUAUGGAAGGCAUGUCAAAGACGCCCCCUCCAUCUCCCUCAUCAAUGUCCGCCUCCAUGAAUGGCACCACGAGCACGCGACACAAGAUGAUGAUGCACAUGACCUUUUACUGGGGCAAUAAGGCUGAAAUUCUCUUCACCUAUUGGCCUGGGGACAACACUGCCAUGUUCCUCUUCGCCUUGCUCAUUGUGUUUUCCAUGGCCAUUCUUGUGGAGUGCCUUUCCCAUUGCCGCUUCCUGAAGCCUGGUUCCAACCGCUUCGCCUGCGCCUUGGUUCAGACCCUUGUCCACACCUUCAGGACUGCCCUCUCUUAUUUGGUGAUGUUGGCACUCAUGUCUUUCAAUGUCCCUGUGUUUUUGGUUGUUGUUGCUGGCCACGCCAUCGGCUUUUUCUUCUUUGCUAGCGCGGCUUUUCAUGAAUCCGACCGCCAAAAACAGUUUGAUCUUCCUCCCAUCACUUGUUAACCACAGUAUGUUCUAUAUAUUACAAAUGUCUUUCGUUUCCU